GGUUUCCGUGGAGACAACCCAGCCUGUAGAAGGCGUCGACUGUGGCUGCUGCACCGUCUGCGUACAGAGGCAGGGCUCUGGCAUGGUGGCACACUCUGCACUGUGAGAGCGCAGCGGCCGCUGGGUCGCCAUGCGUUGGCGACCCUGACAUGGGCGCCAGCGGCUCCAAAGCUCGAGGCCUUUGGCCUUUCACCUCGGCAGCAGGGGGCGGCGUCCCGGAGACUGCGGGCGCUGAGCAAGCUUUGGUGAGGCCUCGAGGCCUAGGGGUGCCCCCCUUCGUAUUCACAAGGCGCGGCUCCAUGUUCUAUGAUGAGGAUGGGGAUCUGGCUCAUGAGUUCUACGAGGAGACAAUCGUCACCAAGAAUGGCCAGAAGCGGGCCAAGCUGAGGCGGGUGUAUAAGAAUCUGAUUCCUCAGGGCAUCGUGAAGCUGGAUCCCCCACGCAUCCACGUGGAUUUUCCUGUGAUCCUCUAUGAGGUGUGAACCUGGUGGGUGACGGAUACAAGCAUCCCCUGACCCAGCAAGAAACUUCAAGGUGUGGCUUCCAUUGAGGAGCCCAGGCUGGGGCCACAACCCUGAAUAAACUCUGUUGGCCCAGAACCUUCAGCUGUGAGCAGGGCAGUCCCUUAGUAUAAACUGGGUAUUGUUUUUUGUGUAAACAAGAUGGUGGCUGGCAAAGGCUAAUGGCAGAGUUACCAGUACAGCUUUCCCAGCCACCACUACAAGGAGCAUGGCAGAAGCUGGGAAUUUAGCUCAGUGGCCUAAGUGCCUGCCUGGCAGACGGAGGUUGUGAGUUCAAUCCCCGGUACCACCAAAAGAAAAAGAAAAAAAAAAAAAAAAAACAAGAAGCAUGGCAGGCAUAUGCCAAUCAAGAAUCUGUGGUUCCUGGUUUCUCGCCUGGCCUGCUUGGUUCCAAGCUUGCCUAGGACCAAGCCCUGCUAGAAGCUACAGCACUUUACAAGCAGAGUCUGCCUUCUUUCAGCCCCUGGGCUUUGGGAGCUUUAUUCAAACAGGAACUUCCUUUCCCUCACUUACUUUAUCCCCCAGUCAAAGCAUUUCAGCCGUUUGCUACCUCGAUUCCUCCUGUAUUGGACAGAGGCUGGGGAUAGCACCAGCCUGAUUCUUCCCACCUACCUGGCAUUUGGUCCCAUUUUCAGAUGGACAGUUUUCUGGCUGUUAAUAGGAAUGGGGACUGAUAUGAGUAGCUUCUCCCUUUCCCAGGGCUUGGCUAAUUCCUCCUCAGUGCAAUUAGUUAUUGCCCUCUUCUCAGUUAAGAGGAUAUAGGCCAGUCAGGACAGGUUGUAGAUGUCUGUGCCUGUGGGGAGUUGCCCCAAAUCACCUGUUCUAACCCCCCUUGCCUUUGUACCAGCUACUCCUCACCCCCACUUGGAGGGUCUACUAUCUUGUAAUGAACAACAUACCAGGGCUGGUGCCAGUAGUGCUAUGAGGAGCCGACCACUCUUCCCCUACAGUAUCCUCACCCAUUCUGGAUCAGUCAAGGGAAAGUACUAGGGCCCCUUGAUAGGGACAGAAAGGACAGCAAAAACAAAAGGAAUACUGUAUUAAAAAUGUGAAGAUUUGUACAUAGUCUAGUCCAUGAUGAUGUUGGGGCAGAGUCUGACUUCUAGAUAGAAACUUUUAAUUUCUUAUGUGCAAGCUCUGUGCUUUUAGUGCAGGAAAUGGCUUGGGGAUGGUGAUCCCCAGCAUAGGAAGACUGUUGUGUUAUUUGGUUUCAAUAAAAUUAUUUGUAGAUCCUA